AUGACUCACUUUCAACAGUGUUUAGAUAAAUUAACUGGAGAGAAUGAGGUGAAUGCGAAAAGAGUUCAUCAACAACAUCAAGAGCGAAUUGUUAAAAUUCGUGAAGAAAUUAAUGAUAAAACUCUGAGUGAAAACGAACGUGUUGUCAAACGAUCUCUUGUCAAAGAGUAUGAAUCUCAGUUAAAAACAUACGAAGCAACUAUCCGAUCGCUCGUCGAUGCGCCUGAUUCAACAAACCAGCAUCUAGAGAACAGACGACUUCGGGCACUUACACGUGAAAUCAAUCGACUUGAAUUACAUUUACCAAUUUAUGCUCGACGAGAUGAUAUAAUCAAUGCCGUUCGCACAAAUCAGAUUCUGAUUCUAAAUGCUGAUACUGGAGCCGGCAAAAGUACGCAAGUCGUACAAUAUUUGGCCGAUUCUGAUCUUGUAGAUCACGGUGAAAUCGUCUGUACUCAGCCACGUCGAUUUGCAGCACGAGCACUGGCUGAUCAUGUAGCCAAGGAAUUUGGUUGUUGUGUGGGUGAAGAGAUAGGUAUUCAUCUUGAUGCAAAGGGGCCAAAAGUAUCGAAGUUGACCAAGAUUCGCAUCGUUACAGAAAAUGUUCUCCUCAAUCAAUAUCGCCAAGAUCGAAUGCUGUCUUCCUAUUCAAUCGUGAUCAUCGACGAAGCACACGAACGACGAAUCGAUACUGAUCUUCUCCUUGGCGUGAUGAAGUUAUGCGUAGCACAACGGCCCGAUAUCAAAUUGAUCAUUAUGUCGGCUACAUUGGAUAUCAAAUUGGUUAGUCGUUACUAUCCCGGAUCGCAUGUUCUCGAAGUAGCUGGACGAACUUAUCCGAUCGAAGACAGAUUCUGUGAGAAAGACAUAGACGAUUAUGUCGAUGGAGCAAUUCAAUUCGCGUGCGCAAUUCAUCGUAACAAUCUACCUGGUGACAUUCUUGCUUUUUUGACUGGACCGGAUGAGAUCGAUCGAGCUGUAGCAGAGGUACAACAAAAUUUAAAAGAUGCUGUGAAGGUUUUACCGCUACACGGUAAAUUACAAGCAGAAGAAAUGACAGAAAUUUUCAAAAAGACACCAUUAAAACGUAAGAUUAUCUUUUCUACCAAUCUUGCUGAGACAUCAGUAACGAUUGAUGGUGUUCAACAUGUCAUCGAUUCAGGUAUGGUCAAAGAGAUGAUAUGGGAUGAAAAACAAAAAAUGCAAGUUUUAAAAACCGGUCGAACAACCCAAAAUUCGGUGAAACAACGGCGCGGUCGAGCUGGUCGAACAUCACCUGGCACGUGUUAUCACUUGUAUACGGAAAAGACCUUGACCGCAAUGCUCAUGUGUCCUCGUUCGGAAAUUCUCUCAACAGAGCCAAGUAUCGCUGUCCUAAAAUUGAAGCAUCUCGGCGUCGUUGACAACGCAGAAAACUUUGAUUGGGUCGAAGCGCCAUCAAAAGAAAGCAUUCGUCAUGCGGUGCAUCGUCUCCGAUGGCUUAAUGCAAUUGAUUUGAAAUCGAAUCAAUUGACAGAAACUGGAGAUCGAAUGGCUCAACUGGGUUUCUCGCCGAUGCUAUCAGCAAUGAUUUUGGAUAGCCUUGAUAUGAACUGUAUGAUGACAUUAUGUGUGAUAACUCUUGAUUCCAAAAUCGAAGCAUGGCAAAAUUCUCGUUCUGAUAAACCGGUUGAUUGCAAUUUUGUCAGUUCAACGACGUUUAAUUCAACGCCUACUUCAUGCCAAACUUCAGUUUUGAAGAAUACUAAUCAACAUUCAGGAACUUCUGUAAAACCAGGACCGAGUAAGUCAGCACAGCAAGUACAAGAAAAAGCUGAAAUAUUGAGUGUAACUUCUGACUCUUCACUUAAAGACCACAGAAUAGUUGUUUAUGUACCUGAUUUACCCGCAACUAUUUCCGAUAGUAAAUUGCUCGAGACAGAUAUUGCUAAGUUUUUGGACAUAAAGCAUAAACUAAAAGUGAAAAGCAUAAGUUGCAACAUACAAUUCGGUGUGGGCAUUGUACAUUUACAAAGCAAAGAAGAUAAAGACAAUUUGAUUCAAAAAAUCAAAUGGAUACCAAUUGACAACAUGCCGAAUACUACUGUGUCUUUCACUGCAGAGCUUGAACUGAUUUCUUACGUUGUCAUUGAAUCCAGCGAAGCAAAAACGUUUCCAACUGCCGAAAAUCUAUCUCAACGAUGGGUACAAGUCUAUCAAAUCAAUGCACCCCUUCAAUGCAAAACAUUAUCCGAUCGAUUUCGAAAUAUAUUUAGACUUGUAACAAAUUCGUUCGAGGAACUUAUGAGAGCUACAUCGAACAAAACUUUUUUUAUUGAUAAUCUGUUGGCAACUGUGUACUUUCGAGCUGAUUGUUGUUUUUUUGAAGAUCUACCAGCUAUGACUGAUUCGAACCCUCUGAAAGCAGCCAUUAUCAAUCAAAUAACUACAAUGAAAGUUCUCAAAACAUCAUUGUACAUUCAAUACAAUAAAACAGAAGCUAAUGCUGUUGUUUUAUCGUGUCAGCAAGCUCGAAUAUGGUCAUUCUUCGAUUCGAUUGAUUUGGCCGGCUGUAAAAUCAUGAAGAAAGACCGACUCUCUGAUCGCCGAAUAACACAACUUGAGCCAACAAAAAUUUCUUUUUUGAGCACCAAAACUGACGAAAAUAAUACGAAGAUCGUAGUCAAGCCUAUAUCUUCUCAUGAGAGUCUUAUUACCAAGCCUAGUGACAAACUAGUGUUUGACAAUAAUCUCAAACCCGCAUCAACGGGUGGUGAUGAUCUUCCAACUAAUAUUAAGCGAUCUUUACAUAAAAAAGCAGAAACUAAUGAAAUCGAUGCUGAAAACUGGUAUACAACGAAGAUGUACGACCUCAAACCUGACAUAAUGUCGUUCGUCGCCGAUCCUCAGCAUCCAAUUUUUCAACUCGAAUGGAGUCCUAAAGCAUUUCUAGAUCAACUUAGUUAUUUGACCUUGAAAGCUGACAGCAACUUUGGACUCGAAUAUGGUCGUUCGCGAAUGAGUGAUCGAGAAAAACAAUGUUUACUACGCAUGACAGUAAUGCUAAACACAAUCGGUAUCGUCAGAAAAGGCAUUUAUCGUAUCGGUGAUAAGAAGAUCCAGCUACAGUCAAAUCAAUUGAAAACGAUUCUUUACGAUCAUCGAUCACUGCUGGAACCUUCUGUAACGAAAUCGUUAUCGAAUCUAAGUACAUACCCGUUUACAUCGACAACUAUCCGUGUAGUGAAUGAGGAUCGUCUCAUUAUUUACAAAAAAAUGGUAUCUAUAGGAUUGCGUCCUGUAUUCCUUAAUAUGGCUUGUGGCACGGCUCCGGCAGAUGGCUAUCGUAAAGGUUACAAAACUCAAGAAGCGACUCUUUUCUGUCGCUCUGACUAUUUUCGAAGUCUUGAUGCUGAUCUCGACCAUGGAAUGCCAAGUGCUCGUUAUUAUUGUAAUUCAAAUGGUGAACUAAAACCAUUGUCUAAAUAUGACAAUAUGUAUCCGAUGAAUGAAUUCGGCGCAAUCUAUACAUCAGGAUUGACAGUUUUUCGUGAAUCAGAAGAAAAUGGUUAUGCUUUGAUGGAUGUACCAAUAACGGAUCUUUGUACUAUUAGUAUGGCUGCUUAUCGCGAUUCGAAGGUAAACAAUGAAGGUUGCCUGAUCUCUAAAUAUUCAAUUGGAAUGCGCAAAAAAAUUGAAAAUAUUUUUGCACUUGCUUAUCAUCACCGACAUGAUUGUCUUGUUCUAUCUGCAUUUGGCUGUGGCAAUUUUGGAAAUCCACCAAGCCAUGUUGCAGCAAUUUUUAAAUCGGUCGUAGAGCAAUAUGCUGGAUUUUUUAAAUAUAUCUACUUUGCUAUUCUUGAUGAUUACCGGGCGGUACAAGGCUCCAACCCUUACGGAAACUAUCAGCCUUUCGAAAAGUUGCUCAAUCAUAAAACAGUAGAACCUCUAAGACACAAAAUGAAAGAUAUGAUGAUAGGACCUUGGAGAAUUUGUAAUAAGACAACUAAUGAGGAGGUACGUCUCAGUGAGGUGAGAAUAUAUACUCAUCCUCUGUGUGAUGAUGGAGGAGAGUGUACGAACUUACAAAGUGUGAAACAUUGCGCUGAAUAUUCGCAUCCACCUGUUUGUCCGUUUUCGGUUGAUCGGACUCGCUGUAAACAAAAGUUUGGUCGUGAUCAUAUGCUGUGGUUCAGGCAUGAUGUCCUAGACAUAUGUCAUGGGAUAGAUAACUGGAAAGUCGAUCGUGAUGACAUACCCAAGCGUCCGCUUUCAGAACUUGAUAUUACUUCUCAACGAAUUAAUGCUCAUUAUUCGGAUGAAAAAAAAUCUCAAACUCCUGAUCAUGUAUUACGGACAACUACCAUACUAAAGGGCCAUCACAAUUCACUAUUGAUGGGGACGAAAGAAUCGAAUUCAAAUUGCAUUGACCUGCAUUCUAGAGACAGUCCAGUAAAUAACUACAUAUAUCCAUAUUCCCAGAACCAUAAUGCUAUAGAAGAUCGAAGUCAUAUGGAACAAUCUCCGUACCUUGGUCAGAAUUCGCGUUCAACUCUAACUAACAGUAAUCAUCUAUUUCCUAGAUAUGAACCACAACCAACGUAUAUGCAUUCAUUGAAUCAAUUAUACCAAAGACUCGACGAUGAUAUUCAAGGUAACAAAUAUCGACAUCGAGAUAUUCUUAAUCAAUGCUGUUCAAAUCGUGAGGACGCUUACAGGCAAAUGAAAAAGCCAUCAUACGACUUGCCAUCAUCUAAAACCUAUCUUCAACAGCAACAUUAUCCAUGUGAAAGAAAUACAGAGAUUGAUUACAAACGACACAAAUAUGGUUCCUCUCAAUACCGAUCGGUGUCUUGUGAUCAAAGUAGUACUCAACGUUAUUCAAAUGAUUCGCAUUCUGCUAACUGUGCAUCUCAUUCUCCAAUCAAGAAGAACGAUGGCUAG